CUCUUGGUCAGUCUUGGUCGUCUUGGUACUGAUCGUCCUGGUGCGACCCUGGUGGGCCUGGUCGUAAACAGCUCACCUGGUGUCCCUGGUGUUGACAUUUGUCCACGGUACGGAGCACGAGAGCGAGUGUUAGUGGCGGUUAGUGGUAGCCGUGGUGGCCAUUGUGGUUUCUUGGUUAGUGCUUGAGUUCGUUGAGGUGGUUGUGUUGUACACAUUUUUAAGAUUCACUGUUUUGCUUGUGAGGAUGUUAACUCUGUGGACUUAAUUUUCUGCCCUCCUUAAUGCAGAAAAUAAAGCAUUAUGGCUUCUCUAUUAUAUGUAUUCUGUGCUUUGUGUGCAUUGAGGAUGGGCGUGUUCGGACAAUAUGAAUGGCAAGCUCGUGAUGCUUUCGACGAAGUCAGAUUGAGAAUGGAUAAAGUGAAUGCAGAUAAUUGUCCAAUUCAGCACUUGGGUGAUCUCUAUUUACCGGAGGAUGCUGUGUCUCACCUACCUGACAUAAAAGACAUCAAUAUUAAUCCUGUAUUUCCGAACAGAACAGCCCUUCUACACCUGCAUAAUAUGGCUAUGAGUCGAUCUUUUUUCUGGAGCUAUAUAUUACAAGCACGCUUUAUUAGACCAGCCAUAAAUGACACAUAUGACCCAGGAAUGAUGUAUUAUUUUCUUUCAACUGUGGCUGAUGUUUCUGCAAAUCCAUAUAUAAAUGCCAGUGCUAUUUACUUCGCACCCAACUCUUCCUAUACACCAUCUUACCGAGGAUUUUUUAACAAGACAAUGCCUCGAUUUGCACCAAGAACAUUUAGGGCUGAUGACUUUAAUGAUCCAAUUCAUCUGGAACGAAUUUCUACUUUAAAUACAUUCACUGUGAGAGAUCUUGGAGCAAUUCGCAAUGACAGUCUUAGUACUGACUAUACAUCAGAGUUUUAUAGGAUAAAUGAAUGGUACAAGAAAUGGUUACCUGACAGUGUGGUAGGAAGACAUGAUACCAAGACUACAUAUCAAGUGGAAAUCCGUUAUGCCAACAACACUAAUGAAACUUUCACUUUCCAUGGACCACCAGGUGCUGAUGAAUUUCCUGGUCCAGUAAAGUGGACACGACCAUAUUUCGACUGUGGCAGGGCUGAUAAGUGGUUAGUUGGAGCUGUUGUCCCUAUCUCUGACAUCUACCCUCGUCACACUGGUUUUAGACAUAUUGAAUAUCCUACAUACACUGCUGUCACAGUAUUGGAAAUGGAUUUUGAUCGAAUAGAUAUUAAUCAGUGUCCUAAAGGGCAAGGCAACAGUGGUCCAAAUCGUUUUGCUGAUACAGCUAGGUGUAAAAAGGAAACUACUGAGUGUGAGCCUAUCCAUGGAUGGGGAUUUAGGCGAGGCGGAUACCAGUGUCGUUGUCAGCCUGGUUUCCGUUUGCCAACAAUUGUCCGACGACCAUUUCUUGGAGAGAUUAUUGAAAGAGCAACAGCAGAGCAGUAUUACAAUGGUUUUGACUGUGAGAAGAUUGGCUGGGUACAUAAGAUGCCUGUACAGUGGGAAACUGCAAGUCAUCAUGUAAGGGAGAUGUACUUGGAGAAGUUCUAUGAAUAUCGUAAUUUUUCUGUGGGUGCUCGAUCCCUGCACACAAGCAAAAUGAACAUUGAUCAGGCACUUAAGUUCAUACUUGCUGUCAAUGCCAGAACAUGCAAAAACUAUACUUCACAGGAUUUAGUCCUACAUGGUGAUAUUGCUUAUGGAGCAGAGGAGCAGUUUGUUAAUGAAGCGAAGAUGGCAGUCAGACUUGCCAACUUCAUUAGUGCUUUUCUGCAGAUUUCAGAUCCAAAAGAAGUUUAUUCUGGCAAGCGUGUGGCUGACCGACCAUUAUCAGAAGACCAGAUGAUAGGAGAAACACUGGCACUUGUAAUGGGUGACACAAAAAUAUGGUCUGCCGGAACAUUCUGGGAACGUAACAAGUUUACAAACAGAACUUUCUUUGCCCCAUUUGCAUACAAAAAGCAGCUCAAUACUAGAAAGUUCAAAGUUGAAGACCUUGCAAGAUUAAAUGAAACACAUCAAGUGUACACUAAUAAGAAGUGGUUCCAGUUUCUGAAAGAAAGAUGGUCAACAAACUUUGAUUCUCUAGAAAAAUUCUACAUGAAAAUAAAAAUUCGUUUAAAUGAGACUGGGGAGUCCUUGAAAAAAUAUGAACAUUAUCCAAACUUUUACAGAGCGGCCAACUUGGAUCAUGGACAUUGGACAGCUCCUUACUUUGAUUGUGAUGGAAAAGUGAAACACUGGGUUAUUACAUAUGCAUCUCCGUUUUUUGGCUGGGACAGUUUGAAAGUGAAGCUGGAGUUCAAGGGUGUUGUUGCUGUUACCAUGAGGUUACUUGAAUUGGAUAUUAAUCAGUGCCCUGAUAAGUUCUAUACACCAAACGCUUUCAAAGAUACACACAAGUGUGAUAAGAGAACUUCAUAUUGUGUUCCAAUUCUUGGGCGUGGUUUUGAAACUGGAGGCUAUAAGUGUGAAUGUCUGCAGGGUUAUGAAUAUCCAUUUGAAGAUCUUAUUACAUAUUUUGAUGGACAGCUAGUAGAAGCUGAAUUCAGUAACAUUGUUGCCAAUAAACCAACAAGAUAUGACAUGUUCAAUUGCCGUCUGGCUGGUGCCUCAAAUAUCCAUGGAAGCUUCAUUGUACUCCUGACUAUGGUUUUAAUUGUGAGAUUAAUGCUUCGAUGAAUAUCUACUAGAUAAAAGAUGGCAAAGUGCACAGAUAUAAACUAAAGGAAAUGUGUACUCACCUAGAAACUGACAGGUGUAUGUGGUUGCUCAAGUUACUGUACUCACCAUACCUGUAUGACCCAUUCCAUUUCAGUGACAUUUCAGGUGAGAGUCACUGAUAAUUGCACAAUAACUGUUGCUAUUUUAAUAAAUAUUUUUGUAUAAUGUUCAAAUUGAACUGUCACAAGUAAAAUA